AUGAUCUCAUAUCGCCGGAUACAUCGCAACCAUCAACGGCGGCUAUCGACAGAAUGCAGGUAUUAUUUAUUACAGACAUUCUCUCACUCUCUCUACAGCGACAUAACUGUCGAAUUUCAGUGUCCGCUCUGCUCCAAAUCUUACCUUACAUUCUUCGGCCUACGCCGGCACAUGCAGUGCCACCAGGACGGACGGGUUGACCAAACAUGUGCUCACUGUAAUAAGCACUAUAAGUCUCCGGGAGCUCUCAAAAUGCAUUUGAAAACACACUCAUUACCAUGUGUAUGUGAGAAGUGUGGCAAGAGUUUCAGUCGCCCGUGGCUGCUAAAAGGUCAUCAGCGGACGCAUACAGGUGAGAAGCCUUACGUUUGUUCGGUUUGUGGUCGAAAUUUUGCUGAUCGAAGUAACCUCCGUGCGCAUGAACAAACACAUUUUCCACAUAGGAAACACAGAUGUGGUCACUGCGAGCUGUCUUUUGCCCGAGUACAAGUGUUGGAAAAGCACAAAGCUGUCUGCGCCCUGAAACUUGAGGCUCGCACGGUCUCUGAAGAUCUCUAG